AUGGAAGAGGAAAGUAUUCCUAUACCUAUCUCCAGCAAUUCAAAUUUAUCGGAGAUGCCUGUGCCCCCAAGUAUUUCCCGGGCCGUUUCAAGUGCAUCUAAUCUGUCCAUCGAUUCGUCUGUGUUUCCCGAUCAAGAUGAACUACAUUCAGAACAUGACGAAAAACAUGACGAGGACCCAAUCCCUUUGACACAAGAAUCUUUGGAUCAGCACAAAAGGGCCAUUGCUUCUAUUGCACCUAUUUUAGAAGACUUUGUGCCUGUGUUGUCCAAGUCAGAAAUCGUGUCACCUUCCCAAGAUGCUCUAUCAAGAACUGUAUCUAAUGUAAGUGCGUUAAGCAUUUCCCACAGCCAUCCAUCACAACAUGUUGCUUCCACCAGUGGGGAUGGUAUUGAAGUAGAAAAACGGAAGUCGAUUGAGCACAAAGAACCGAUUAACACAUCAGUAUCCCACACAUCAGCCACUUCUAAGGAACCAAUUCCUGAAGAAGAAAUAAAGGAAUCUAAAGAGAAGGCGUUCAAACGUUCUAGCACAAGCUCUAACCUAAGCAAAUCUAGAUCUGGUUCCAUGUCAAAAAACAUCCCUGAAAGUUCUCCACACACUGUGUCAUCAAGUGAUUCAUUCAACUCAAUCUUAAAAACUAGAUCAUUCUCAUCCUCUUCAAUGAAUGAUAUUCCAAGUGGUCCCAAAUUACCUAGAAUUGGUACGAUUGGAGUGUGUGCAAUGGAUAAUAAGGUCUUGUCAAAGCCGUGUAGACAAAUUUUACAGAGAUUAAUAGCACAUGACGAAUUUGACACUGUCAUUUUUGGUGAUAAAGUCAUUCUAGAUGAAGCCGUUGAAAAUUGGCCAACUUGUGAUUUUCUAAUCAGUUUUUUCAGUACUGGGUUCCCAUUAGAAAAGGCGAUUGCCUAUGAGCGUUUGAGGAAACCAUAUUGCCUUAAUGAUUUGGUCAUGCAAAAGGCAUUGUGGGAUAGACGAUUAUGCCUAGAGAUUCUGAAAGCUGCCGGUGUUCCUACGCCCUACAGGCUAGUCAUUUCUAGGGAUGGUGGCCCACAAGUUGAUGAAGAGCUAAGGAGAAAGCUUGAAGCCAUUGGUAUAGAUUGUAGUGAAGUAGAUGAACCUGAUUGGAGAAUGGUUGAUGAUGAUACUUUGAUGGUUGACGGAAAAACAAUCAAAAAGCCAUUUGUUGAAAAACCAGUAGACGGUGAAGAUCACAAUGUUAAUAUAUACUAUUCCAAAAAAAACGGUGGGGGAGGUAGAAGAUUGUUCAGAAAAAUCGGAAAUAAAUCGAGUGAGUUUGACCCUGAUUUAAAUGAUAUCAGAACUAAUGGUUCCUUUAUUUAUGAAGAGUUUAUUGACACCGACAACUUUGAAGAUGUUAAGGCAUAUACUGUAGGGACUGAGUAUUGUCAUGCGGAGACCAGAAAAUCACCAGUUGUUGAUGGUAUAGUUCGAAGAAAUACUCAAGGUAAAGAAGUCAGAUAUCCAACUGAGCUAUCUGAUGUUGAAGUCGAAAUGGCAGCUAAGGUUAGCCGUUACUUUCAACAAACAAUUUGCGGUUUUGAUCUAUUGCGAACAAACGGUAGAAGUUAUGUUAUUGAUGUCAAUGGGUUCUCAUUUGUGAAAGAUAACAAGGAUUACUAUGAUACAUGUGCCAAAAUCUUAAGAGCUAAAUUUUUAGAGGCCAAGAUGUUGAGAGAUGAAUCUAUGGUUCCUAAACCAAUACAUGAGAAGAAACAGAAAUGGAUCUUCAAAGGUUUUGUUUCAGUUAUCAGGCACGCUGAUAGAACACCAAAACAAAAGUUCAAGUAUUCCUUCAGGUCUCCAAUAUUUAUCUCUUUAAUGAAAGGAUAUAAAGAGGAGAUUAUCAUUAGAGAAGUGCGUGAUUUAAACGUGGUUUUACAGACCAUCAAAGUGGCGCUUGAGAGAAAUUUGGAAGACCCAAGAAAACUACGACAAUUGGAGGGCGCUUUGGAAAAGAAAAUGACAUUCCCUGGUACUAAGAUACAACUAAAACCCGCUUUAAAUAAAGAAACUGAGGAAAUUGAAAAAGUUCAAUUAAUUUUGAAAUGGGGUGGUGAACCAACUCAUUCAGCACGUUAUCAAGCAACUGAUGUUGGUGAACAGUUUCGACAAGAUAUUCAAUUGUUGAACAAGGCUGCCUUGGAUGAUGUGAGGGUAUACACGUCAUCUGAGAGAAGAGUAGUCGCAUCUGCACAGCUGUUUUCCAAAUCUUUCCUUUCUGAAGAUGAACUGCCCGAGGAUUUUCUUAAGGUUAGAAAGGAUUUAUUGGAUGAUUCGAAUGCUGCCAAGGAUCUCAUGGAUAAAGUCAAAAAGAAGCUAAAACCGCUAUUAAGACAAGGUGAAGAGGCACCGCCACAAUUUGCAUGGCCACCUAAGAUGCCAGAGCCUUUUAUUGUUAUUAAGAGGGUUGUUGAACUAAUGAAUUACCAUCACAAAAUAAUGGAUGAAAAUUUCAAGACGCAAGAUGUGGAGAGAUUUCAAACUGAAUGGUGCUGUGGAGAAGAUCCAUUCCUCUUCAAGGAGAGAUGGGACAAAUUGUUCCAGGAAUUUGUUUCCGUUGAAAAAGUGCAUCCAUCCAAAAUCAGUGAAUUAUAUGAUACAAUGAAGUACGAUGCAUUGCACAAUCGUGAUUUUUUGCAAAACAUAUUUAUAAGGAAAACUAAGGAAGAUGAACAAGAGAAGGAAACCACCAAGGAGUUACUGGGAUCGUUAGUUAAACAGUAUCCUAUCAAUGUUUUGGUGAUGAAUGAUUUCAAAGUUAACGAUUCUUCCCUUGAUGCAACAUCUUCUUUGCCAUUAGAUGGAUCGGCGUCGAAUCCGGCUGGCUCUAUUGGAUGGGUUCUAUCAUCAUCCUACAAACCUAAAGUUAAUUCGAAGAAUAGCAAUAGAAAAGACUCACCCUUUGAUGAUCCCAAAUUCAACCUAUUAAGAGAGCUGUAUAGACUUGCGAAAGUACUAUUUGACUUUAUUUGUCCACAAGAGUAUGGUAUUGAAGAUAACGAAAAACUAGAUAUUGGUUUACUGACUUCUUUGCCAUUGGCCAAACAAAUCCUGAGUGACAUUACUGAGAUCAAGGAGACCAACAAAGCAGGUACUCGAGUGUAUUUUACGAAGGAGUCCCAUAUUUACACACUUUUGAAUAUCUUAUAUGAGUCCAAUGUUCCUAUGAAGAUUGCUAGAAAUGCGCUUCCCGAACUAGACUAUCUAUCACAGAUUGUCUUUGAGUUGUAUGAAAGUGAAGGAUUGGAUGGCCAUAAGAAACACUCGAUCAGGUUAUCUGUCAGUCCAGGAUGCCACACACAAGAUCCAUUAGAUGUAGAAUUGGAUGAAAAGCACUACAUUUCUUGUAUCAGAAGGAUCAAUUUAACAAGGCAUCUAGACAUGGAUCUAGUGCAGCAAAAGCUGAAGAGCAGGUUUACCAGGGUUUCUUUGCCGAAGAAAUUCACACCAGUCAAUAUUUCAAGCCCUUUAACCAGCGAUGUUAAGGUGGAGAAGGACAAGGACAAGUUGAAGGAGGAGGGCAAAGACAAGUUGAAGGGUGAGAGCAAAGACCAACACAAUGGAAAGAACAAGGACAAGGACAUCAAUAACUAA